GGUGAACAUUAUUUGGGCCGGUCAUCAGACUCAUCACAGCUCAGAAGACUACAACCUUACUACAGCCCUGCGACAGUCCUUCCUUCAGAAAUACUUUUCCUGGAUGUUCUAUUGGCCGAUGGCAUUUGUCAUCCCCCGUCGGUGUUUGCCGUCCAUCUUCAGUUUAAUCUCCUCUACCAAUUCUGGAUACACACCGAGGUAAUAAAUAACCUGGGUCCACUGGAAUUGGUCCUGAACACAGCGAGCCACCAUAGAGUCCACCAUGGCAGAAAUCCCUAUUGUAUCGAUUCAAACUACGGUGGGACACUCAUCAUAUGGGACAGGAUGUUCGGGACUUUUGUGGCGGAAAAAGAGAAAGUGGUGUACGGACUGACCCAUCCAAUCAACACGUUUGAGCCGUUUACCGUGCAGCUGCAGCACUUCAUCUACAUUUGGAAGACUUUCUGGAGUACUCCGGGCUUCUCCAACAAGCUGUCUGUGAUAUUUAAAGGUCCAGGAUGGGGACCUGGAAAACCUCGCCUCGGCCUUCCUGAGGAACUUCCAAAGGUCACUGGAGAAGAAGAGCCGUAUGAUCCCAAAGUAUCCAUGGCUGUACAGAUCUACUCCGGCAUACACUUUAUCCUCCUCCUCGCCAUCUAUCAGCACAUGUUUGCAGCCAAGUCUAUGUUAUCCCCGAUAUCGCUCCUGGCCAGGAUCCUCUACAUACUCCUGAUGUUGACGUCUCUGGGAUUCCUGCUGGAGAACAGACCGACAGCAGCUGUAUUGGAGAUGUUCCGAUGUUGUGUCUUUCUACUGCUUCAGAAAUACGGCUUCCUGACAACAGACAUUCCUUUACUGACAACUAUUUGUGAGGUAAAUUUUACUUUAUUUUUACAUUGUUAUUUUCUGCUUUCUGUGGAAGUGACUAAAGUCCAAUGA